AAUGUGUACUUUCCAACCUACCAAAGUCAGUUUAUUUACUCGACUAAAUUUAGCACAAAACCAAACAUCAAUGGCUUCUCAUUUUCAAAGUAUCCUUUUGUUUGUUGUACUAAACAUACUAUUGAUUCAGCCCUACAACCUUAACCCAUGUUAUGCCCAAAUUAUCUCAAACCCAAUUCAAAAAGUUGAUCUUACUUUGUAUUAUGAGACACUUUGUCCUUAUUGUUCUUAUUUCAUUGCUCAUCAUUUAGUGACACUUUUUACUGAUGAUCUUAUUUCUAUGGUUAAUCUUCGGCUUGUUCCUUGGGGCAAUUCUCUUCUUCUUCCUUCUGGUUAUUUCCAAUGUCAGCAUGGCUCUGGAGAGUGCAUGCUGAAUACUGUUGAAGCCUGUGCCAUUAAUGUUUAUCCUGAUACUAACAAGCAUUAUUUCUUGAUACAAUGCAUAGAGAGGUUGGUGUAUGAAAAAAGAGAAGCAGAAUGGCAGAAUUGUUUCGCUCAAGUAUCGAUAGACCCUCAGCCUAUCUUUGACUGCUAUAAUCAAGGACUUGGUCGAAGGCUAGAAUUACAAUAUGCAUACGAAACGAGCCAGCUAAACCCACCUCACGCGUAUGUACCUUGGGUGCUUGUCAACAAUCAGCCCCUCUACGAGGAUUACCAAAACGUAAUCGCUUACGUUUGUAGAGCAUACCAAGGUACACAAGUUCCAGCAGCUUGUAAGACUAGUUCAUCUCAGUUUAUGCCCGACUCGAUUGGUGAUGACAAAGCAGAUUAUUCUAUGUCUAAGAAGGCGUGCUACGCAGGCAUCCAUCAGAAUGUAACCUCGUUUGUGCCAACAGAAAUCCUUCAGCAGAAUCGAGAAGUUUUCACGUGAAAUGUUCAUUUGACCAGUGUAACAUAAUUUACUAGCUAAUUUGAUUUAUAAAUUUGUGAUUUGAUCAAACUAAUCUAAAAAUAGCCUUAAUUACCCAUAAUUAGUGUUUUUUGAUUCGCGAUUUGUGAAACGAUGUGAUACCCAUAAUUAGUGCUUUUUGAUUCGCGAUUUGUGAAACGAUGUGAUAGUAUUUUCAAUUUGCUAUUUGUGAAACAA